CAUUCCCUUCUGUGCCCCCAUCACUAGAAUGAGCAGCAGAAAACCCUGAAGUUUCAUACGUUGGACUCAUCCUCUGCAUUUAAGACAUCUUUAGCAGAUGUGAUUAGUGAUGAAUGCAGAUGUUUUAACUCUUUUUUUUAAAUUCUCUUGUCUUUUGAUUAUAAUCAUUAACUUGGUUCUUCCUGCAGACUUUAUUAUAAAUGUUUGUAUAUGUAUAAAUGUUUUCAUCUGUAUGUAACUUAUUCUUCUGUUUCUGCACUGCUGAAGCAGAAGAUUCAGUUUCUCUGAGUUAUCUCCAUGUUUCUGCUGAUGCUGCCCUCUGCUGGAGAGAAGACGUCAGGCCUGACACAGCAUCAACCAUCCACUCAUAUCAGCUCGCUGCAGCUUUCCAUGGUGUGGGGCUGCAGGAGACGGCUGCCUUACAGUGUCUCCCGUACCUGAAUGCCUUUGGAGUUAUAUUUUAUCAGUGUUUUAUCUUUUCCAUGCACUUUUUUUUACAUAUCCUAUAGAUACUCUUUGAAAUAACUUGGCUCCACCAUGCGAUCGCCGUCUUGUUUAUUCAAGAAAAGAACUUUUUGCGCUGAAAACCAACGUCGGGAAGCAGCACAACGUCCCGGCCGAGCUGAGGGGAAAAUACAGGGGCUGCAAAGCGGGAGCGAAGCUAAAGGCCCGGCAGAGACGUUUCCAGCCGGCGAUCCCCUCGGUGCUUAUGGGGAACGUUAACUCGCUGCCGAACAAGAUGGACGAGCUCUCUGCACUGAACAAUCAACGGAGUUAUCGUGAGUGCAGCUUGUACAUCCUCACGGAGAUGUGGCUAACCGACGACACACCGGAUGCUAACGUGGAUCUACCGGGCCGACAGAGACACGCUCGCUUGUGGGAAAAGCAAAGGCGGAGGGUUCAUCAUUUAUGUCAACAACCGCUGGUGCUGCCCGAAACAUGUCUCCGUGAAAAAGGUACUGUGUUGUCGGGACUUGGAGCUGCUAGCCGUUAGCAUGCGGACAUAUUACAUGCCGAGGGAGCUGAGUCACAUGAUCAUGUUUACAUCCCGCCGAGCGCGGACGCGUCUGCAGCCUGUGAGAAGAUCCACUCAGUAACAGCAAGGCUACAGAAGCACCCCGAGGCAUUCAUGGUCAUAUCUGGGGACUUUAAUCAUGCUUCCCUGGACUCCACCUUGGCCUCCUUCCACCAGGCUGUAGACUGCCCCACGAGGAACAAUAGGACAAUAGACCUGUUGUACAGCAACGUGACGGACGCUUACACAGCCACCCCCCUCCCCCCACUUGGAAAGUCUGAUCACAACCUGGUGUUCCUGCAGCCACAGUACACCCCCCUGGUCAAAAGGAUGUCAGCCACCACACGCUCCAUCAGGAAGUGUUCACCUGAGGCUGAAGAUGCUCUGAAGGACUGCUUUGACACCACUGACUGGGAUGUACUGCUGAAACAACACGGUGAGGACCUGGAGGAGCAGACUCACUGCCUGACAGGUUACCUAAACUUCUGUUUGGAUGUAGUCUCCCCCCAAAAGACUGUACGCUGUUACCCCAAUAACAAGCCUUGGGUAACACAAGAGGUGAAAGCGGCCCUCAACAGGAAGAAGGUGGCUUUCAUGAAGAAGGACAAAGAGGCUAUGCUAUCAGCACAGAGGGAGGUGAAACAUCGCCUGAAAGAGGGGAAGGACACCUUCAGGAGGAAGGUGGAGAAGAAACUGGGUGAGAACCGUAUGAGGGAGGUCUGGGACGGUGUCAACACCAUCACAGGCUUCAGAACCAAAGCGACAACAGCGGGGGGGACAGUGGAGGAAGCUA